AGAAGGACGGCUAGGUCUGGCCCGGCAUGCCUUGGGCUUCCGGUGACCUCUGGCCCUUUUCUGUCGUCCGCUCUUGCUGCCUAGCGUGCUUGUUCGCUCACUGCUUUCCUUCCCUACCUCCCUCCCGUUUUCCUUGGGACGCUGCCUGGUGACUGUGGCUCCCGCGACCAGCAAGGAGGCGGUGGCGGAGGACACUCGUUAUGGCCGCCUCUAAGCCUGUGGAGGCGGCAGUGGUCGCAGCGGCUGGACCCGGUUCCGGGAGUGGGGUGGGCGGCGGCAGUGCGACUUCGGGCCCGGGCACCGGCAGCCUGCCGAGAUGGCAGCUGGCGCUGGCGGUCGGGGCGCCCCUGCUGCUAGGCGCGGGUGCCCUGUACCUAUGGAGCCGGCAGCGGAGGCGCCGGGAGACCGGGGCCCGAGGCGACUCCGGCGGCCUGAAGCGCAACAGUGAACGGAAGACCCCAGAGGGCAGGGCCAGUCCGGCCCCGGGCAGCGGACACCCCGAUGGCCCCGGUACUCACCUGGAAAUGAACUCGCUUGAUAGAGCCCAAGCAGCCAAGAACAAAGGCAACAAAUAUUUUAAAGCAGGAAAAUAUGAACAAGCUAUUCAGUGCUAUACCGAGGCUAUCAGUUUGUGUCCUACAGAGAAGAAUGUUGACCUUUCCACAUUUUAUCAAAACAGAGCUGCUGCCUUCGAGCAAUUGCAAAAAUGGAAAGAGGUGGCACAAGAUUGUACAAAGGCUGUUGAACUUAAUCCCAAAUAUGUGAAAGCUCUCUUUAGACGUGCAAAAGCCCACGAGAAGCUAGACAAUAAGAAGGAAUGUUUAGAAGAUGUCACUGCUGUGUGUAUAUUAGAAGGAUUCCAAAAUCAACAAAGCAUGCUGUUAGCUGAUAAAGUUCUUAAACUUCUUGGAAAAGAGAAAGCCAAAGAAAAAUAUAAGAAUCGUGAACCUCUGAUGCCAUCUCCACAAUUUAUCAAAUCUUACUUCAGUUCUUUCACGGAUGAUAUAAUUUCUCAGCCAAUGCUUAAAGGAGAGAAGUCUGAUGAAGAUAAAGACAAGGAAGGGGAGGCUUUAGAAGUAAAAGAAAAUUCUGGAUAUUUAAAGGCCAAACAGUAUAUGGAAGAAGAAAACUAUGAUAAAAUCAUAAGUGAAUGCUCAAAAGAAAUAGAUGCUCAAGGAAAAUACACGGCAGAAGCAUUGUUACUACGAGCUACUUUCUACUUGCUUAUUGGCAAUGCCAAUGCAGCCAAGCCAGAUUUAGAUAAGGUCAUCAGCUUGCAAGAAGCUAAUGUGAAGCUUCGAGCAAAUGCGCUCAUCAAAAGAGGCAGCAUGUACAUGCAACAGCAGCAGCCUUUGUUGUCUACUCAGGAUUUUAACAUGGCUGCCGACAUCGAUCCCCAGAAUGCAGAUGUUUAUCACCACCGAGGACAGCUGAAAAUACUGCUUGAUCAAGUUGAAGAAGCAGUAGCAGACUUUGAUGAAUGUAUUAGAUUAAGACCUGAGUCUGCUCUGGCGCAAGCUCAGAAAUGUUUUGCUUUGUAUCGCCAGGCAUAUACAGGAAACAAUUCUUCACAAAUCCAAGCAGCUAUGAAAGGUUUUGAAGAGGUCAUAAAGAAAUUUCCAAGAUGUGCUGAAGGCUAUGCAUUGUAUGCCCAGGCAUUAACAGAUCAACAGCAGUUUGGCAAAGCUGAUGAAAUGUAUGAUAAAUGUAUUAAUUUGGAACCAGAUAAUGCCACAACAUAUGUUCAUAAAGGUUUACUUCAGCUUCAGUGGAAGCAAGAUCUGGAUAAAGGUUUGGAGCUUAUCAGCAAGGCUAUUGAAAUUGACAAUAAAUGUGAUUUUGCAUAUGAAACCAUGGGAACUAUUGAAGUACAAAGAGGAAACAUGGAGAAAGCCAUUGACAUGUUCAACAAAGCUAUUAAUCUGGCCAAAUCAGAAAUGGAGAUGGCUCAUCUAUACUCACUUUGUGAUGCUGCCCAUGCCCAGACAGAAGUUGCAAAGAAAUACGGAUUAAAACCACCAACAUUAUAAAAUAUGGGGGAAGGGAAAUGACCCUCUUUUUAGAAGUUUACCCCUCUUCAGCUGAACCCUGAAGACACUGUUGUGAACUGUGUUGAAUGGUGGGACUUCGUGUUUCCAUUUGUGCUGUUGUCCUUUGUUACAGCUGUCUCAUGUUUAGGUAUUGUGGGAGUGGCUGUUGAAGAAAGUUUGCGGUGUGGCAGCUUUUAUUCCCUGUGCAACAAAAGCUUAGAACCUGUUAAAGGGAUAUGAAAAUAAAGUUGCAGAGAGUACAAAUGACAAUUGGCCAUGCAAAUAAAAACUUUGAUUUGUU